CACCUCUAAGAUGGUUUGCCAAUAAACACCAAAGAGGAAGAAGAAGAAGAAGAAGCAGCUGCGCCUCUCUGUGUCAACACAAGAAGAGAUGAACAACAAGCAGCUGCUGCAUUUAGCUGCUAAACUCCUCAACAGACCUGUGUUUUUCUCUCCUGUCUGAGUGAGCACAUCAAGGAGAACUGUGUGGAGCCAGCUGCAGCAGAGAUGGAGACAUAAACCCCCCACUGAUGGAGAGGAAGAGCUCCGGGGAUGAUGACGGUGGUGGAGAGCGAGGUCUGCUCCACACCUGGAAGGGCUACUCCUGCAGUGUCACCCCAGAAAGGCUGCUCCUACCCGGGCCUGUCCUUCAGGUCGCCCUGGGCACACGGCAUGGUGUUCUGCUCGUGGAAGGAGGGCAGGUGUACAGUUUUGGGGAGUUGCCAUGGAAGCAGAGUCAAGCGCCCGAUCCGGCGAAACCCACCCUGGAGAGUGCGCUCAGCGGCCAGCGGGUGGUCGCAGUUGCAGCUGGAAGCUUCCACAGCGGGGCCGUGACGGAGGACGGUGGCGUCCACAUGUGGGGGGACAACGGCUCGGGACAGUGCGGCUUGUCGGGCCUCAGCACCGUCCCCAACCCGACUCCAGUCGCCCUGGUGGACGCCGACACCAGCCCCCCGCAGACGGUGCCGGUGCUGGAGCUGGCCUGCGGGGAGCAGCACACCCUGGCGCUGUCGGCCCAGCGAGAGGUGUGGUCGUGGGGAAGCGGUUGUCAGCUGGGCCUCAACGUCGCCGUCUUCCCUGUCUGGAAACCACAAAAGGUUGAGCACUUGGCGGGGAGGUAUGUAUUACAGGUGGCUUGUGGGGCUUCACACAGCCUGGCUCUGGUGCGCUGCCUGGGCCCUCAGGACGUCCACCGUCACCCUGUAGACAAAUGCAGACAGUGUAACCAGCUGCUGUAUACCAUGACAGACAAAGAGGACCAUGUCAUCAUCUCUGACGGUCAUUACUGUCCCCUCGGGGUAGAGCUGACGGAGGAUGAAGGCAGGCUGGAGGCGCCUGCUCUGACAAAAGGGCUCAAAACAUCCCCAUCCGAGCCGGUCCUCCACUCCCACACCGCCACCUCAAACUCCCCUGCACCCGCCGAAGGUGCCGACCUUUCCUCUGACCCCAAUCAGGACUCGGAGAAAGAGGAAUCAGCCCUGGCUAACGGAGCGAUGCCAGCCUCGGACUGUGACGCCUCAGCUCAGCCCGGAGGUGGUGGUGUUUUGGGGGUCAAGGGUUCACCCUAUCCAGAUGAGCAAGCUGUCAAAGACUACCUGAAGAAACUUGCUGACAACACGCAGGCGGAGCAGAAGGCGACUGCUGGAGGACCGCACACUCUACUGCCAUCAGCAGGAGGGCUGACCUCCUCCACCCCCGGCUCCGCGCUCAACAACCUGGUGGCCUCCUGCGCCUCCGCAGUGGGCGAACGGGUCGCCUCCACCUACGAGGCCUUAUCCCUCAAAAAGAUGAUGAACUAUCUGCCAUCGGGGGUGGCGAGGUCAGGCGGGCCGGCGGGGCUCACGGGCGUCGUCGCGGGUGACAGCACGACAGAGCGCGUCCGCCUGGAGGACUCCACUCAAGCCAAGAAGAGCUCUAGCACAGGGGACAUCCGCGAGGAGGAGGCCGAGGGUCUGCGGCGCCGCCUCUCGCUACCGGGACUCCUCUCUCAGGGUAGAUACGCUGUUCACCUCUUAUCCUCCUCCUAUACCCUGCUGCUGUCCCCGCGGCUGCUGAGGAAAGCCGGCCGUCCGAGGAUGCGUGCAGUAGCCCUCACCCCGCUGGGCGGAGCGGUGCCCGAGGCCCAGGAGGUGUUCCCCACCCUGCAGACGGAGCUGUGGAGUUGGGGCCACGGCGAGCAAGGACAGCUGGGACACGGAGACAGUCUGGCCAGAUUACAGCCGCUGUGCAUCAAGAGUCUGAACAAUAAGGAGGUGGUGCGGGUGGCGGCCGGCGCUCAUCAUUCCCUCGCUCUGACUGCUCAGUCUCAGGUGUUUUCAUGGGGAAGUAACAGCUCUGGUCAGCUUGGACACAAGGAGUCCCCCAGCACCGUCCCCCGCCUCGCAAAGCUGUCGGAGGGGAUCCGGGCCUGGGACAUCAGCGCCGGAGAGAGACACACCCUCCUGCUGGCAGACGGAGACUGCUACCGGCCCAUCAUUUAUUACAGCGGACAGCAGGUGAAAGACGAGGCGGAGGAGAGCCACGCCAAGGAGCUGGGUCAACAGGAAGACGGGGAGGAUGAGGAGCAGCAGGCGGGGGGCUACACCCAGCAGCCUGUACUGCUGCCCUUCUGUAUAGACCUCGGUUAUGUGAGCAACGUGUUUGCGGGCGGCCAGGGGUGCGCGUUGGUCUUGGACAGGAACGUGAUGGGCUUCAUCGCCAGCCUCCAUGAGCUGGCGUCUGCCGAGAGGAAGUUCUACUGUAAGCUGUGUAACAUCAAGACACAGAUACUGCGCCCCCUGCUGGAGCUGGAGUCUCUGAGCUCAGCCCUCGGUCAGGUGGCCGUCGGGCUCCUGCAAACUCUGGCUGGCCGAUUCAGCCUCUUGUGUCACCUAACCGGGCAGCACGCCGCCAGCGUCACCGCCAACCUGCGCCGCGUCCGCGACGUCAAAAGCCUGCUCAUCCUCGACCACGCCGGCAUCUUCCUUGACUCUUAUAUAGAGUAUGUGAACUUGUACUGCAGCGCUGUGGGUAACUUCCAGGUGAUGGGAGGUUUCCAGACGCUGACCAAACCCUCACUAGAUUUCUUCGGGAAGAGUCCCGAGCUGCUGAAGAGGCUGUCUGAGUGCAGCGAGGAGAACCCCACCAUGGCCGACCUCCUGGUGGCGCUCUUCUACCUCCCGAUUCGCCACCUUCACGAGUACGGCCGGCUGCUGCUCAAACUGGCCACCUGCUUCGAAGUGAGCUCCAGUGACUACCAGAGGCUGCAGGACAGCUGCUCCAGGUUCGAAGCUUUGGCGCUCCAGCUGAAGAGAAGAAGGAAGGACGCCGACUACACAUUUAAUUUCUGGAAGAGCUUCCCCGGCAAAAUGACGGACUCUCUGCGGAAGCCUCACCGCCGGCUCAUCUGCGAGAGCAGCAACAAGGCUCUGACGCUGCAGAACGCCGGGAGGUUCUCCGUCAACUGGUUCAUCGUUUUCAACGACGCGUUGGUCCACGCGCAGGGCGUGGCGCCUUGUAAGAAUAUUUUCUCCACCCAUCAUGUCUUCCCCUUGGCCACUCUUUGGGUGGAGCCGAUCCCAGAGGAGAACACCGGCCUACAUGGAUUAAAGGCGAUCACACCAGAGGAGACGUUCACCCUGCUGGCCUCCUCUCCCAUGGAGAAGUCCAAGUGGCUUCGCUCCAUCAACCAGGCGGUGGACCAGGCCCUAAGCGGGGCGGGGCAGGACGUGGCAUCCAUCAGCUCGGGGUCGGGGCAGAAGCUGGAGCCUCCCAUCUCCAGGACGGCCUCUUACACUUUUUAUAAGGACGGACGGCUGAAAGAGGCGACAUACGAAGGACGCUGGCUCGCCGGGAAGCCCAACGGCAGAGGUGUGUUAAAAUGGCCUGAUGGGAGAAUAUACACCGGGGCGUUCAGGAACGGACUGGAAGAUGGCUUUGGUGAAUUUGUGGCUCCCAAUAAGACGCUCAACAAGAACGAUAACUAUCAAGGUCACUGGAAAGACGGCAAGAUGCACGGCCUCGGCACAUACAGGUACGCCAGCGGCGAGGUUUACGACGGAUCCUUCCAGGACAGCAUGCGACACGGUCACGGCAUGCUGCGCAGCGGCAAGCUCAACACCUCCUCCCCCAGCGUCUUCAUCGGCCAGUGGCUGCAGGACAAGAAGACCGGCUAUGGAGUCUUCGAUGAUAUCACAAAAGGGGAGAAGUACAUGGGCAUGUGGCAGGAUCACAUGCGGCAGGGCAACGGGGUCGUCGUCACUCAGUUUGGCCUCUAUUACGAAGGAGCCUUCAAAGAUAAUAAGAUGAUGGGCACCGGGAUCCUGCUGUCAGAGGACGACACCACGUACGAGGGGGAAUUCUCUGACGACUGGACCCUCAAUGGAAAGGGCGUGCUCACCAUGGCGAACGGUGACUACCUGGAGGGCUCCUUCAAUGGCGAAUGGGGCUCGGGCCUCAAAGUGACAGGGUCCUACUUCAAACCUCACCUGUUCGACACCGAAAAGGAAAAGACCCGCGCUGUGAAGCUGGGGCGUCUGUGUGUGAGCGCGGAGGACAAGUGGCAGGCGGUGUUUGAGGAGUGCUGGAGCCAGCUUGGCUGCGAGGCUCCGGGUCAAGGCGAGAACUGGAAGGCCUGGGAGAACAUCGCCGUGGCGCUCACCACCAGCCGACGACACAUCCAGGACAGUCCAGAGAACUUGUCUCGAAGUCACAGCAGAACCCUGGAGAGCCUGGAGGUCAUCCCGCAGCACGUAGGACCGAUCACCAUGGAGCGAUAUCACACCAUCCGCCUCUACCUCAUCAAGGCGUGUGACACCCCGCUCCACCCUCUGGGCCGGCUGGUGGAAGCCCUGGUGGGGGUCUACAGGAUGACCUACGUGGGCGUUGGAGCGAACCGUCGGCUGCUGCCUCAGGCCGUCAACGAGAUCAAGUCUUACCUCAACCGCAUCUUCCAGAUCGUCAGGUUUCUUUUCGCAGACCUGCCAGAAGAGGGCGGUCUAAUUCCAGAGCCGACCACAAACCCCCAGGAGAAGAAGGACCCAGGCUCAACCGAUGUCCCGCUACAGUCACCCAAACCUGGCCGUGUGGCAAGCAGCUCGGCUCUGUUGCUCCCCGUCCUGCUCCCUCGCCUCUACCCGCCGCUCUUCACCCUCUACGCUCUGGACAAGGAGCGAGAGGACGAUGUCUACUGGGAGUGUGUCCUCCGCCUCAACAAGCAGCCCGACCUGGCCCUGCUCGCCUUCCUGGGCGUUCAGCAGAAGUUUUGGCCUGUUUCCGUUCCCAUCUCCAUGUCUGCACUGGGGGAGAAGCAGCAGGUCCUCUCCAGCACCAAGGACGCCUGCUUCGCCUCUGCAGUGGAAACGCUACAACAGAUCAGCACAACGUUCACGCCGUCAGACAAGCUGCAGGUGAUCCAGCUCACCUUUGAGGAGAUCACGCAGGAGGUCCAGUCGCUGCUGAAGCAGGACUUCCUGUGGUCGAUGGACGACCUUUUCCCCGUCUUCCUCUACGUGGUGCUGCGUGCACGAAUUAGGAACUUGGGGUCAGAGGUCAGCCUGAUUGAAGACCUGAUGGACCCCUGCGUGCAGCACGGAGAGCAUGGCAUCAUGUUCACCACACUCAAGGCUUGUUACUACCAGAUCCAGCAUGAGAAGAUCACUUAAGACCAGCGUGGCGUUACUUCCUGCUGCCCCAGCCAAUCACAGGCCCAGGAGGCUUCAGGAUGACUGACACGAGCAGCGGCCAAUGGGAAGCAGAGGAUCAUGUGAACAGGUUGCUGCUGUCAUGCAGACGGGACCACACUCUUUCUCCUUAUAGUGACCUCUACCAGCUUCUGAUCCGCUGAUCAUGAAGGUACAUGUGAAUAUUGUUAAACUGCCAGAGAUGAGCCACUUCAUACCGUCCAGUGUAAAACUGAAAGACCCACUUCCUGUGACCAUGUCACCUGGGAGGAAAUUCAAACUUCAUACUAGUGUUUUUUUUAGUGCCAAUGGGAAUGGUUUGUUCUCUGGUGUUGGACCUCUUUUUCUUCAAAUUUUUCAGCAUGAAAGACAACUUUUCGGCAAGAGAACUUUCCCUUUUAGCCUUCAGUGUUUCGGGUCAUUUCCUGCUUCUUGUUAUCCACCCGACACCUACAUGAAGAAACGGACAUAACAAGGAAAUAAUCACUUGGAAACAUGUCACUUUAUUAAACUGACACACUUUUAUUUUAGUGACACAUAAGUGAGAUUCAUGCUUUAUUUGAAGUGUUUUCAAACAGUAUUUCACAGUUUUACAAGAGAAAAGACUUCAAGGAUGAACACUCAUUUGUUUGUUUAGCAAAUGCACGUCCACAGUUAGGUUUGAUACUGUAUUAUACGCAUAAACUGACUAAAUGAUUCUAAUAUUCUCCUGUUCCACCAGCUGGCAGCAGAAUACAGUUAAACCUAGCUAGUUUAUCCAUCUUUGUUUUCUACGAGACAGAUCAUCACCGAGACUUGAAGCUGAACAUUUUAAAGAUGCAGAGAUGUAUCUGUUGACUUGAAAGCACAAUUGGACUCUUAAAUUAUCUGGACAUUUAGUUUCCCAGCUUUAACAGAAGCUACGACAACGGUAAAUCAUAGCACCCUAAUGAAAAACCAGGCAGGAACACUGAGCAAAAAUGAGUGAAAAGAAUGUUUUUCAUAGAUAAUCUGAGAACCACUUCAGUGUUCCUGAGCCCAGUUUUCAGUGUGAUGAAUAUUGACACAGAUCUGCAAAAAAUCUGGGGUUAAAAUUUGGGUCUUAAACAUUCAAAAACCAAAUCCAAACGUUUGUUCUUCAGUCUCAUUACACCUUCUUACUGUCCAGUAACAAUAACGCUUCUCCAAAGUUUUCAGAUAAACUGAAAAUUAAAGUGUUCCUUUAUAUGAUGCAAAAACGAUCCUCCUUCUGGAGCUAAAUAAACCAUUUAAAUGCAACAUCAGAAAACUGAAAACAGGGCUGAAAAGUUUUGGAGAUGCAAUGUGUUUCUGUCCUAAUGCACUCAUCAGUAUAAAUCUUUUAACAGUGCGGACAGAGAUCACCUUUGGGAGACACUCAAGCUGAAAAUAAUCUUAUACGUUUGUGUUAAUUGUGUUCAUUGCAGGCAGGGAGAGAAGUCAGCACAUUUAUCAUGAAGUUAACCAUCUGAAGGUCUUAUUACACCUGUUUUUCUGUAAAAUAAUGAACGCAAAAAGGUAGAAAUUUGUUUAAUUUAGUUUUUUUCCUGCUGCAGGCGGUGUUUCAGCUGAGAGCCGGCUUAAUGCAAACAUUGUCUUUAUAGAUGUGAUGUUGAAAGCCGAUUCUCCGCGCCAUCUGUUAAUGCUAACUGUUCUUUUUUAAAACAGCACUAACUGUCAGACAUUGUUGCUUAUUUGUGAUUUGCGUCACACAUGCCAGUUUAUAAAAGGGCUUAAGAGAGGAUUCAGAGGAUGACCGAGCCUUUUUUUUCUGUUGUUUUUCUUUUUUUAAACAUCAUAGCUUUUGUUUUCUCAAAUGGUUCAACAAUAGAAGUAGAUCAGAGGCUGUUUUCCCUGCAGGAUUUUGAAAAUCUAGCAACAAAAAACGGUUUGAAUUUAAAGCUGCUCUAUGGCUGUUCAACCAAAAACUGAUAUUCGGUUUUUAUUUGGAAAUCUAGUAGUAAUAAUGCAAACAAUUGGCUUCAAACUAUGGGCCUCUCUCGUCCUCGUGUGACUUUAAAAACGACCGUGAUGGCGCUCUUCCACCGUGGUUAUGAGCUCUUGUUACUCCUAAGACCGUAUGUGCCUGACACUUAAAGAAGUGACGCAAUAUUGUCUCCGUAACUUAAGGAGUUCAUUCCCGAAAUAGACAAAAAAAACAUUAUUUUGUCAACCAGAGACUAAGUUUUUGUGCUGUUCUUUGAAAUGAUUGAUAUUUGACUGACAAAACAAGGCUUCCUGUUUGUGUAGAUAUGAUUUGAUGUCACUAAAGCUCCUCUACGGUUGCUGCUGCCUCUUAAAACCAAGGACAAUGAAGUAUUUUCAACACAACUGACUUGCAAACCAAACUACAGCUACAGAAGGGGAUAUUUAUUGUAAUGGUUGUACCUUCACUGACUCGCUUACAUGAAGUGUUAUUUUAAAUCUGAUUGUUUCUAAAUAUAAACUGAAGAUAAUGUUCAUAAGCUCAUGUUGGGGUCAUGUCCUCAACACAUGUUUACUAUGAAAACGCCCCACACAGGUCAUACUGUUGCAUUGUGUGUAAAAAUGACUGUUUUGUCAAAGGACUUUGGUGUUUACUAGUUGACAUUUUUGUGUUUCAGCUGGCUGACUUGACUCCCACCUGUGUGUCUUUUACAUGAUGUCAGAUGUGUUGUACCUUUAAAGAAUAACAGAGGGCAAUAAACUAAUUUGAUGGACGUUCAUAACUAAUCUGCUCCGACAGUUUUAUGUGGUUUCAUACAGAAAUUAACUGUAAUU